CUUAUUUUGAAAAAAUGCGUUUAGAAGUGUAGAUGUAAUUUUAUUUUUGGCACUUAUUUAAUAAAUAUAUAAAUUGUGGUCUUAUCUGACAAUGGAUCUCAGUAAUAACGAAAAUGAUUCAUACGACUACGACACGCCUUCGGAUACGGAUCAUGAGUCUAGCCAUGUAGCAGGACAUGGCCGAGCUUCCAGUGGGUCGCAAACAUCACGUGGAAGUGAUGGCUCAUCUUAUCAGCGCAACAGUCAAGUGUACCAACAGCAGAUAUCAGGUUCCUCCUCUGCAGGAGGUGAUAGACCACCUGAUGUUACUGGUAUCGGUGAUACUGUGGAUGCUGGAAAUAAUUCAUCAAGCUGGUCUUCUGCACCGAAAAUGGAAAGCAAACAUUCUACGGUAAGCAGCGGCAGCAGUCGUGGUACUCUGCUUCCGUGGUGCGCUGGUGCGAACCGAGAGCGCGUUGCUUUAGUUACGCCUGUGCAAACUGAAUCUUCAGCGGGAUCUGAUCUUUUGCCAGGAGAGUUCGUUAUGAGAUCUUUGUUUGCUGAUUUUGCGAUUCAAGCCGAUCGCAAAAUGGAAACUGUUAUGGCUGAACCACCGGAAAGACCUAUAUCAAAAGUUUUACAACGUGGAGAGGAUCCUCAAUUUGAUCAAUUGUUGAGUGCUUUUGGAUCUGUUGCGGAGCACUGUCUGCCUUCGUUAUUGCGUGCACUGUUCGGUUGGUAUGAACGUCAGAUGGCCCAAGGCGGCGCUACUGAACAGAAAAAAGUUGACCAGAAAGGAAAAAGUAUUAUGUACAGUAUUGUAUCCGGUCCACCUGAACCUGUUGAGAGAAGUGAGGCUGAUAUACAAAUGGAGAGAAGAGACUUAGCUGUAGAAUUUUUAUUCUGCUUAGCACUCAUCGAAGUGUUGAAGCAAUUACCAUUUCAUCCAGGGCAUGAAGAUCUCAUUACUUAUAUUGAACAAAUUUCCUUUAAACAUUUUAAAUAUAGAGAAGGUAUACAAUCGGGACCAAAUGCCGCGAACAUACAUAUCAUAGCUGAUUUAUAUGCAGAAGUUGUAGGAGUACUGGCACAAAGCCGAUUCAUGUCUGUUAGAAAACAUUUUAUGAAUGAGUUGAAAGAACUACGUACCAAAGAAGCUAGUCCAACAACUACACAGUCUAUCAUAUCUUUACUCAUGGGUAUGAAAUUUUUUAGAGUCAAGAUGGUUCCAAUUGAAGAAUUCGAAGCCAGUUUUCAAUUUAUGCAAGAGUGUGCGCAAUAUUUUCUUGAAGUGAAAGAUAAAGAUGUGAAACAUGCAUUGGCUGGACUGUUUGUAGAAAUUCUAGUUCCAGUUGCUGCGGCUGUUAAAAAUGAAGUUAAUGUGCCUUGUCUUAAAAAUUUUGUAGACAUGCUAUACUCGCAAACCUUGGAUGCCAGUACUAAAUCAAAGCAUCGGCUGGCACUUUUUCCAUUAGUCACUUGUUUACUCUGCGUUAGUCAGAAGACUUUCUUUUUAGCUAAUUGGCACUACUUUUUAGCUAUGUGUUUAUCAAAUUUGAAGAAUAGAGAUCAAAAAAUGUGUCGAGUCGCAUUAGAGUCACUAUAUCGUCUUUUAUGGGUGUACAUGAUCCGUAUAAAAUGCGAAAGCAAUCAAGCAACUCAAUCGAGAUUACAAAGCAUUGUCAAUUCUCUAUUUCCUAAAGGAUCAAAAGCUGUGGUACCUCGUGAUACGCCUUUGAAUAUUUUUGUGAAAAUUAUUCAAUUCAUAGCUCAAGAACGAUUAGAUUUUGCUAUGAAAGAAAUUGUUUUUGAUUUGUUAUCAGUAGGAAGAACCAUCAAAAUAAUUCUUACUCCUGAGCGAAUGAGUAUAGGUUUGAGAUCAUUUUUGGUGGUUGCAGAUAGCUUGCAACAAAAAGAAGGUGAACCGCCAAUGCCUAGAACAAUGGGAGUAUUACCCUCAGGAAAUACUCUUAGGGUAAAGAAAACAUUUUUAAAUAAAAUGUUGACAGAAGAUACUGCCAGAAGUAUUGGUAUGAAUAGCUAUUUUCCACAUGUGAGAAGAGUCUUUGUUGACAUUUUAAGAGCUCUAGAUGUUCAAUAUGGAAGACCAUUAAUGAUGACAAAUACUCAGAAUGUUAACAAAGAACCAGAUGAAAUGAUUACAGGAGAGAGAAAACCUAGGAUCGACUUGUUUAGAACUUGUGUUGCAGCUGUACCUAGACUGAUACCGGAUGGUAUGACUGGUGCUGAAUUGGUUGAUUUAUUAGCUCGCCUGACUGUACAUUUAGAUGAAGAAUUAAGGGUAUUGGCUUAUCAAAGUUUACAGACAUUGGUGCUUGAUUUUCCUGAUUGGAGACAGGACGUUAUAUGUGGUUUCACACAGUUUCUGGCUAGGGAUGUUUUGGAUACUUUUCCACAGCUUGUUGAUAAUGGUCUAAGAAUGUUGCUACAACUCUUAACCAGCUGGAAAAAUGCUCUAACCAGUGUCGCGGCAAAUGCUUCUGCUAGAGCUAAAGAAAGCCCAGAGUCUAAUGGAUCUAAAAAAAUAGAUAUUAAAGUAGAACCAGCAUCUUCAAUACUCCAUAUGGUUGAAGGAUUUGCUUUAGUUAUGUUAUGCAACUGCAGAGUAUUUCCAAGGAAAUUAGCUGUACACAUAUUACGCGAGGCAAAAAUGCUUUUAAAAGCAUUGUGUAUCACUGAAGAAGAUCAGGCUGUCAUCGAUGUUAUAGACAAGUGCUGCCCACAAGUUAUAGAAAAAUUACUUCCUAGUUUACCAGCUGCAGAAAAAACUGCUGCAUUAGCUGCUUCGACCAUAGACUUACAGUGGAUCGCCGAUAGAAGUGCCUCCGUAUGGACCGCUGACGAUUCAUGUAACGCAAAUCGUUCAACAACUUCAUUGAAUUCAGGUGCCAUGGACCCUUGGAGUGCUUGCUUAUUUGCUUUCCUUGAGCGUGGACGAGUCCUUACACAUUGUCCUCUUGCUGUGACCCAUUCAUGGCCAUUUGUUUUCGGCAGAGUUACUACUCUUUUCACGGUUGUUGAUCCAACUCCUGUGUCAGACAACAGAGCUUCAUUGUUAAGAAGUAGUGCCGUUCCUCGACGUCCAGUUACCGAACGCGACGUUUACAUGCAUCUUUGGAAGAAUUAUGUUACUUUUGCAUAUCGUGUGGUACCUCCGGCUCCUUGUCCGAGCGUGAGGUGUGCCUCGCCUGACUUAAGUCUCAGUUCGUCACCAGAUUCUUUGAGUGCAGAAAGAGGUGACAGUAAGUCGCCUGGUGCACCAGCCGGUCCUGCUCCGGCAGCUCUGUAUAAAUUGACGGUUCCACUUUUACGAUGCGAAGCAGCUGAUGUGCGAGAUGCAGCAGCUGGAGCUCUGGGAAAAGUCAAUGCUGAAGCAUUGAAAGAUCUUAUGGAAGAAUUAGUUCCUUACAUUCGUGAAGCUGUUGACCGAAAACAAGAAAAUAUGAGACGUCGUAGACGUCGUGAUGCUUUACGAUUGCAGCUGGUACGGGUAUUGGAAUUAAUCGCCGAGUAUGGUACAUUUGGAAUAAGUCCAAGUGUUCUAGAUAGAGAAACAAUGUCUCUACAUCCAACAUUCGUGGAAUAUAUGGAAGGAGCCAGAUUAUAUCUAGAGAAUGAAACUAAGGAAGACAAAGACGCACCCGCCCAACAAGAAGUAAAAUUACAUUUCUGUGAUUUUAUCAGAAAAAUGAUCAAAAGUUUUUCUCUUGAAACUUGUACUACUUUAUUAAAGCGAGAUUUACGAAGUGGCCUUUUUAAUUUAUUUGCACCGUGGUCUGGGCCUUUUGCUAAGCCAUUAGGCUACACUCAAAGUCAUUCAUCCUCUGCAGAUGCAGAUGAAAAGUUACAAAUGUCGGCUUUGCAGGCAAUGAGCGCUUUGUUGUGCUGCGGCGGAUGUUUCGAUCCAUUAGCAUUAGCUGAAGAUGGAUCUUUGUACCCUUGGCUGGAUAUGCUAUUGUCGUCUACUGAUGAUAAGAUAUACCAGCUAGCUCGAGAAACUGCAGUGUUAUUAUUAGAAGCAAAUCCAGAUAUUGGACCACUUUUGGAUUGGGCUUUGGACAGAUGUUACACUGGACAGCCUCGUGUGGCUGAUGGAUGCUUUAUGGCCCUUGCCGCCAUAUUCAGUGCACGUGAAUAUCCUUGUGAUCACUACACUGCCGUUAUAAAUGUUACCUUGCUGAGUACUGGUUGUCCUCGUGCUGCAGUGCAUGAUACUGCUCUCCAACUUCUGCAGCUUUUGGAUCGAAGAUUUUUCGGAGAUGUAGGACCCCCUUUGAGUGAUGGCGACCAGCCCGAAUCAAUGGAAAUAAUUUCUGAUUCACGUCCUAUUAUUAAAUAA